GUUGCUAAUUACUAAUUAGCAUCGCUUGUCAAUUUUUAAAAUAUCGACUUGGACAACUCGUAGUCUGGGCAGAACCCAGGCCUCGCUCUAGACCGUAGACGCCAAGUAGACCCGCCUUGAACUUAAACACCGUGUCCAUUUCUGUAUCGAAAGCUCGGAAAGCAGCCUGGAUUUGCCGUUUUUAUCGAUUUAAUCAUUUGGCAUGUUGUCCUUUGCUGUGGGACUCUUGGCACUCCCUGAUCUGAUUUAGAUUAAAACGGAGGUGGGCAUCUUAAUGCUCAACCUGGGUCUCCGCGCGUUUCGUCCCACAACUCGCGUUUAUAAGCUCUUCAGCUUUGCUUCACGCUCAACUCACACCAGAACCAUGGCCACUCCCUGGACACCUAAUCAAUAUCCAAAAGCUCGUCGGUCCGAUCAUGUCGACGUCUACAAGAGCGAGAAACAGGGCGAAGUUCGCGUUUCUGAUCCAUAUCAAUGGCUCGAGCAACAGUCCCAGGAGACUGAUCAGUGGACUACGGAGCAGGAUCAAUUCACUAGAUCUUACUUGGAUAAAAAUCCUGCUCGAAGUAAACUAGAGCAGGAGAUCAGGGCAAACACCGACUAUGCUAAGUUUUCUGCACCAUCGCUCAAGUAUGAUAACCGUUGGUACUGGUACUAUAACAGCGGUCUUCAGCCUCAGUCAGUGAUUUGCCGUUCUAAGGACGCUAAUCUCCCUGAUGUAUCGGAGGAGAAGGGGCCAGGCGGAGAAGUUUUCUUUGAUCCCAAUUUAUUGUCUACUGACGGCACUGCGGCCCUCUCUGUGACGGCAUUCUCUCGCUGUGGCGAAUACUUCGCCUAUGGCAUCUCGUUGUCGGGAAGCGAUUUUUAUACAGUUUAUGUGCGCCGUACAAGCGAACCUUUCGUCGCGAUUGAUGGGCAACUUAACGAUCACAAUGCAAAAAGGCUUGCGGAGGAGAUUCGUUUCGUGAAAUUCUCGUCCAUCACUUGGACUCAUGAUUCCAAAGGUUUUUUUUACCAGCGUUUUCCGAGCAGAGAGUCUCAUGGUCUUGCGACGGAGGACAAAGCUGGCACAGAAACCACAGACGAUAAGGAUGCUAUGCUUUACUACCACAGAAUCGGAACUCCACAAUCGCAAGAUGUCCUAGUCGUGAAAGAUGCCGAACACCCCGAAUGGAUGUGGGGUGCUUCGGUUUCGGAAGUAGAUGGGAGAUAUCUGUAUCUUGAUAUCGUCCAAGACACUGGAAAGAAAAACAUGCUGUGGGUGGCCGAUUUGCAAGAAAAUGAAAUUGGCCAAAACAUGAAAUGGGACAAGAUUGUAAACGAGUUCGAAUCGGAAUACACGGUCAUCGCGAAUGACGGAACUAAACUAUACCUACGGACAAAUGAAAACGCGCCUCAAUGUCAAGUCAUCACGAUCGACCUUGCGGACCCAUUGCGCCAACACAAGGUCCUUAUACCGGAAGUCAAAGAUGCAUACUUGGAUGACAUUACUGCCGUGGGAUAUGAUAAACUGGCCGUCGUAUACAAGCGCAACGUGAUCGAUGAAUUAUAUCUGUACUCGAUGGAGGGCAAACAGCUUACUCGGCUUGCUCCAGAAUUUGUUGGUGCUACAGAAGUCAACGGCCGCCGAGCACAGCCGCAAUUUUUCGUGUUCCUGACUGGAUUUACUAACCCUGGGGUUGUAGCACGAUACAAUUUCGAUGAACCAGGUGAAGACAGACGUUGGAGCAUAUACCGGUCAACAAUCAUGAAGGGGCUGGUACCGGAUGAGUUCAGCGCUGAGCAAGUCUGGUAUGAGAGCAAGGAUGGUACGAAGGUGCCGAUGUUCAUCGUGAAACAUAAGUCAACAAAGUCCGAUGGAACCGCACCUGCUAUUCAAUACGGUUAUGGUGGAUUUAGUAUAUCACUAAGCCCCUCGUUCAGUCCUACCAUCCUGAGUUUCAUCAAGGCAUACGGUGCUGUAUAUGCUUUGCCCAAUAUUCGCGGUGGAGGCGAGUUCGGCGAGGAAUGGCAUCUUGCUGGCACAAAAGAACGGAAGAUAAACGUCUUUGAUGACUUCAUUGCCGCUACUGGGUAUCUUGUUAAUAACAAGAUUGCUGCUCCCGGCAAGGUUGCUAUCAACGGUGGAUCUAAUGGAGGAUUGCUUGUAGCCGCUUGCGUGAAUAUCGCCCCAGAGGGCACUUUCGGGGCAGCUGUGGCCGAAGUUGGUGUGCUCGACCUCCUGAAAUUUGCUAAUUUUACAAUCGGCAAAGCGUGGACGUCUGACUACGGAAAUCCACAUGACCCACAUGACUUUGAUUUCAUUUACCCCAUUUCACCCCUCCAUAAUAUCCCGACAGAUAAGAACCUACCUCCGCUGUUGCUCAUGACUGCCGAUCAUGAUGAUCGAGUUGUCCCCCUUCACUCUUUCAAACAUGCUGCAACGUUGCAACACACACUUGGCCAUAACCCUCACCCCCUUCUUAUUCGCAUCGACAAAAAAGCAGGACACGGUGCAGGUAAGGCUACUGAGAAGAGGUGUGUCCUUGUUCUUCUGGCAAGUCUAAACAUGUGACAUUGGCUUUACAGAAUCCAAGAUGCAGCAGACAAGUGGGGUUUCGUGGCCCAGUCUCUCGGGCUAGAAUGGCAAGAUUGAUCCUGUCCGGCAAGGGCAAGGGUAGUGGUGUAAUACACGGCGAUGUGCUCGUAAAUACCUAUACACCAUAUCAUCAGGAACUUCAAACUUAUUUUUACGUAGUGCUAUGCAGUAUUCGGUACUGC